GAGUUGCUGUCAGUUAGAUCAUUCACAGCAUUCAAUCCGAUUGAGUUACAAAAUGACGCUGUCGAAGAAAGCCAGCUGCAAUUCGCACGGCCAAGAUUCGUCCUACUUCCUGGGAUGGCAGGAGUACGAGAAGAACCCAUACGAUGAGGUCCGGAAUCCUAACGGAAUUAUUCAGAUGGGUCUUGCAGAGAAUCAGCUCUCUUUCGAUCUACUGGAAUCAUGGCUGGCAGAAAAUCCAGAUGCAGCCGCCUUCAAGAGAAAUGGAGAGUCCAUUUUCAGAGAGCUUGCUCUCUUUCAAGAUUACCAUGGCCUUCCUGCUUUCAAGAAUGCAAUGGUACAAUUCAUGGCUCAAAUCCGAGGGAACAAAGUCAGCUUUGAUCCCAACAACCUAGUACUCACUGCCGGCGCGACCUCAGCCAAUGAGACUCUAAUUUUUUGCCUGGCUGAGCCCGGCGAGGCGUUUCUCCUCCCCACUCCGUACUACCCUGGUUUCGACAGAGACCUGAAAUGGCGAACCGGAGUGGAAAUCGUGCCGAUACAGUGCACUAGCUCUAAUGGCUUCAGAAUCACUGCACCUGCCCUCGAAGAGGCUUAUCAACUGGCCCAGAAACGUAAUCUCAAAGUUAAGGGAGUAUUAGUCACUAAUCCUUCCAACCCGCUGGGGAUAACCCUGACCCGCCAAGAGCUCAAUCUCCUCGUCAAUUUUAUUGAUGCAAAGGGGAUCCACCUCAUCAGCGACGAGAUUUAUUCGGGCACGGCUUUUGAUUCGCCAAACUUCGUCAGCAUCAUGGAGGUUCUAGUAAACAGGAACUACGUGAACACAGAACUCUGGAACCGGGUUCACAUUGUUUACAGCCUCUCCAAGGAUUUGGGUCUUCCGGGUUUCCGGGUCGGAGCCAUCUACUCCAACGAUCAUAUGGUUGUAGCAGCAGCCACGAAAAUGUCGAGUUUCGGGUUAGUUUCUUCCCAAACUCAGUACCUUCUCUCCGCCAUGCUUUCAGACAAGAAGUUCGCGGAGAGUUACAUCGUUGAAAACAGAAGAAGGCUCAAGAACAGGCACGCAAUGCUGGUCCGCGGCCUGCAGAGAACCGGCAUCCCAUGCCUGGAGAGCAAUGCCGGUUUGUUCUGCUGGGUCGACAUGAGACAUCUGUUAAGCUCCAAAACAUUCGAAGCAGAAAUGGAGCUUUGGAAGAAGAUCGUGUACGAAGUCGGGUUGAACAUCUCGCCCGGAUCAUCCUGCCAUUGCGUGGAACCGGGUUGGUUCCGCGUGUGCUUCGCCAACAUGUCCGAAGAUACACUAGACCUCGCCAUCCAACGCCUAACAUCGUUCGUGAACGCGAUUUCUUCAAGUGAAAACAAAAAUCGUAUAUCCCAGAAUUCAAGCAAGAGCUCAAGGAGAAAGUUGCUCACCAAGUGGGUUUUUCGGCUAUCGUUCCAGGAUCGCGAUCGUGAACGGUAGUUGGUGUGAACACCCCAUUAUUUAUUAAUUUCCCACAAUUUUUUCUUUUUUUUUUUACUCAAUAUACUAUUAUUAUAAUAUUGAGUUCGUAUUUUUUCAGAACUCUCUUUGUUCAUGUAGAGAGAUAGUGGUGCACUCUGUCCAUGUGGACGUGAAGUGAUAUACUCUUCUUCUUCAUUGAUUUGUGUAAUGAAAUUUACUUGAAUAUACGGGCAUU